AUGAUUAAAUUGUUUUUAAGGAAUUUUACACAUUCAUUCGAACAGAAACAAAUGGCUCUUAGUCUUAUUGAAUCUAAUCCUGUGAUUAUGUUUUCUAGGACAACUUGCCCGUAUUGCAUGCAAACAAAAUCUGUGUUUAAGAAAAUGGAGAUUCAGCCUAAAAUAAUUGAAGUGGACACUGAAAAAGAAGGAGACUCAAUAAAAAGCGCGCUUAAAGAAAUUACAAAUCAGCCGACUGUUCCGAAUAUAUAAUAAAUGCCUUAUGAUGACGCUCAAUGUGCCAUCAUCGGGCAAAAACCAGAAAAGGGCUCCAUACGGGAGAUGGGCUCCGCAUGUGGAGCCCUUUUUGACACGUGGAAAAUCUCACUUCCACGCGCCACAAAGGGCUUCAUCAUUGGGCAACCUGCAUAUUUAUUGGAGGAAUUCAUGUAGGAGGAUACGAUGAACUGAGCGAAGGAUUGACAUCUGGAAGCAUUCAAAAAAAGUUAUAAAAUUUUAUAUGAAUUUGCAUUUUAAUUUAUCAUUAAAAGAGGUUUUUUGGUACAUUUAUUAAAUUCAUAUACUUGAGGCUACUCAUAAAAGAAAGCAAAGUCCCAUUUAAGGAUAUCCAGAGAUAA